ACUUAACAUUUGAAACAAACAACUUCGAGCAUGCACCUCUGGACCGAGGAAUUCUCGUCAGUCCUAAUAUUCAAGCCUCCAAUUUGACGCAAUGCCUUUCACUUUGGGCCUAUAUGUUUUCUGCUACUCCGGGUGAACCAGUUGGAAGUCUCAUGAUCAAACUUCGACAACAGAACCAGAAUUCUACUGCCAUCUGGCGUCUGAACAAUCAUCAAAACUCUCGAUGGUUUUACGUUCAAGUUCCAUUUUCCGCUGAUGUCAAUACACAGGUGCUAAUUGAAGCAAUCAAAGGGAGUAACGCACGUGCAGUAAUAGCGAUAGAUGACAUCACUUUCACAACACCUCCGUCAUGUUCUGUACUGCCACCUAAAGCCGAAACCAAUGAAGGUGACUGUUCUUUUGACACCAACAUGUGUAUGUGGACAGUGGUAGACUCACAAGAACAAGCUCGACAUUGGAGUUUACCAAACGACCAGAAUCGGCCAGCAGCUAUAAGAGAUCAUACGUUCGAAGCUUUAGGAG